AUGGCUGGGUCCCGCAGGAAGAUCGGGAACGGAAUCAUCGACCUCGAGGUUCCUAUCGUGAUCGGGGUAGGGAUAAAUUUCGCGAUCGGGAGCCUCGCCGCCGCCCUAAGGAGGGCAGACCUGAUUAUUCGCUACGGUCGCCGCCUCCGCGUUCCCAUCUUUCUUACGACGAUUCACGUCCGCACCGCGAGUUUUCACCUCCUAUCUCUCGUCGUGGCUCAUCCGGUCUUCCGCCCCCUGACACCUACCCUGGCCAGAAACCUGCCGGCAAAGGCCUUCGACGAAACGACUCUCCAUCUGCACCACCAUCUUCGAAACGACAUCGUCGACCUUCUUUCAACCCCAACGACGAGCUGGACCGUGGAUAUCCACCGAACAGGCGAGGCCGUUUUUCAGGACGCAGUAGAGGUGGCCGGAGGCCUUCUCCCGGGUCACGACGAGGAAGGGAACGCCGCAAGGCCGGAGGCCGCCCUGUGUCCCCACACUCGAGACGCUCGAGGUCGCCAGUCCGCGGAGGAAAGCCAUACUCUCAUCCUUCUCGACGCCCACACAGCCCGUCCUUCGAAGACGAGCCCCAGGGCGAACGCCGCUACCGCUCACUAUCCCGUCAUUCUGCUCAAUCUGUGGCUUCGAGAUACUCCGGAGACUCACAUCGGAACUCAAUAG